AUGGGCAGCCGGUCCCGCAGCCCCAGCGCUUCCCCUGCGGACCGGUGGGGACCGCAUCCCGGAGGACCGGGCCCUGCCAAGCGCCGGCGAACGGAGGAGCCCGCGGGCCCCGAGUCCAAGUCCAGGGCGGCGCCCAGCCUGGACAACCUGACCUGGCCCCCGACCGUGGACACGCUCAUCUUCGUGGUGGUCCUGCCCGCCGGCUGUGCCCUGCACGUGCCCCUGGACGACGUCGACCUGCUGCUGGAGCCCGAGCCAAUGUCCGUGCUGCAAGUGUCUCUCGGAGAUCACAUCCUCAUGCUGGUCCCUGAGGCCCUCCUGGGCCCGGGCGUGGAAGGCCCGUGGGGACAGGGCCUGGGACGGGGCGCUUUCCGGAGCCCUCCCGGGGAGUACAUGGUUCCGGAGCCGGGAUUCUUGUGCGCAGCUGUCCCAGAGAUCUCCUGCCAAGAAGAGGUCAACGAGGAGGAUGCGGAUGCUGACGCCGACUUCCUGCCGGCUGGGACAGAUGCUGCUGCAGUCUCAGUCGCUGGGCUCCGCCCCUCGGCUGGAUGCAUGUCUGGCUUCCACCUGUUGGGCCAAGCCUCAGAGCCGUCCCCUCGGGCCCCCAACACUAGUCCAGAGAGACGCUCUCCUCACCACGACGACAUCCUGGACUUGCACCUUCCAGAGCCCUUCCCUGACUCACCACUCCAACCUCUACCUCCCUCUCCAAGUCCAGGUCCUCACCAGCGUCCCCAGCGCCCUCAUGGUCCUCCACGCAAGAUCCGGAAAUGCCUGUUCCCUUAA